AUAUACACUAAUCAAGAUAAGGCAAGCUUAUUUUUCAAAAUAAGAAAGACCUACUUCUUUUUGUUUUAAUGCGUGGAAUAUUUUUAUCGCUGUCGUUAUAAUUUUUGAAAGAAAAAAUAAAUUUAAGCUGAAUGAAUACGCCGAAUAAUUAUUACACUGGUUUAAUGAAAGAUUGGUGAUUAUUGUUUUGAAGCUUGUGUGUGUAUAUGACCAGAAAUGUGUCAGAUGGAAUUUAUUUUAAUUUUUGUCAAAUCUAUCAUUCAUAAAUGUUGUGAACUGUUUGAAUAGAAUGCGUUGAUGUAUACAUCAAAAAAACAAAAGCAACACGCAACUAUUGUAUGAUACGUUGGAUUGUUGAAUUCACUACACUCAUAAUUCCUAAUGGCAAGGAAAUAUCUACAGCUACUGACAGCAAUCAUUGUAUACCACUGUGUUAAUGUUGCUCUAAUUAUUACUGGAACAAGCGGUUACACGUGUCAUUCUGGAAACGGUGAAGUACUCAUUAGAAGUUCAUCUCUAGACGAUUCAAUGAAACAUUCACAUAGUGAAACAAUAUUCAAUAGUAUUGAAAAUAACAAUAAUAGCAGUGAAAAAAGGAAACAUUUAAGAAAGCAAGGUGUAUUCACAUCACCACAAUGGCCUAAAUCGUAUGAACGUGGCACACGCUGUAUUUAUCGUUUCAUAGCAAAUAUUGGAGAAAAAGUUCAUAUAAAAUUUGAUCAAUUCUUCCUAUCAGGUGAUAUGCCAAUUUGUUCAGUUGACUUCUUAGAUGUAUAUAUCGAUGUUGCUUCAUCAACUCUAGAUAUGGACAGACAAAGUGCUAUAUUUACGCAAGCAUCUUCAUCAGCUUUGACUGGUGAACAACAAACAACAACACCGUUUUCAGCAGCCGUUUACUCUUCUGUAUUAGACAAGUCAGAUUUAUUAGGACGUUACUGUGGAAAUUUCCUGUCAUCUAACUCAGUGACAUUUACCAGCUUGCAUAGAGAGCUUGUAAUCGACUUUUAUGCUGAUUUAGAAAGACUUGGAAAUUCAUGGUAUACGUCUGGAAAAUUGCAUAGUUACGGUUUCAAUGGGACAUUUGAAUUUAUUAACGAUGAUGCUUUCUACCCAGGUAAGGCGCUUUCAUCAGCCGAAUUGCAUAUACCAUUUGAAGACGAUUUACCCUCUUCGCCAACUACUACUAGCAGCACUGUUGGUGUCCCCGCUCUCAUCCGCAGUAGCAAUUGUCGUUUUCGUAUUGAAGCAGAACAUAUGCCUAAGACAGGUACAGAAGGAGGUGCUAAUUUUUUAGAUGAUGUAUCAGGUGAAUUGAUCUCACCUACCUAUCCAGGCUUUCAUCCUAAUAAUCUUAUCUGUGCAUAUCAGUUAAUUGGUCUUCCAUAUCAACGAAUUCAUUUGGACAUACUGGAUAUAAAUUUAUACUCAGGUUCACCAGGAUGUCCAAAGGAUUUCAUUCAGUUUUAUGAUGGAUUUCAGAUAGACAACACAAGUAUCAGUACGAAUUCAAUUGGUCAACGUAUAUGUGAUAUUUCGGAAGACAGUGUUCACAUUGUAUCUAGUGGGCCAAGUCUAGUCGUAUUAUUUGUAACGGGUCAGAUACAAAUGAGCCAUACUAGUAGUAGUACUAAUAAUGAUCAACAAAAUGUCAUGAUGAGUGUGUCCAAUUCAAAUCGUCGUGGUUUUCGGUUGCGUUACACUUUUACAAAAAAACUGUUGCCUGUCAGUGAAAUACCUGGGGGCAGUCAUAUUCGAGGAACAGAGUGUGACUAUCUGAUAAGUCGUCAUGAUUCAGUUGAAAGACAACUUGAAUCGCCCACGUUGAAUAACAAUCUUGUAUUAAUGCCAAACAGAGUAUGCAAUUUCAUUUUUAUUGGAGAUCAGUUUAGACAAUACUUUGAGACUGUAUCUAUUGGAUUUGAACAAAUAGAAUUGCCGAAACCAAGUGAAGGAAGCCAAAAAUGUGACCGAGGUCAUAUGGCAAUUUACGGAAGCAGAUCGUCUAUUGGUGAUCAAAUUAUUCAGAAACCGAAGUAUGAAUAUUCACAUGAGAUACUCCAUUCGAAUAAAGAACCUGAUCAUAUCUUUUGCGAUAGAUUAAAUGAACUAGAGUCAAUUACAAUUCGAUCAGGAUAUCAUCACUAUCCAAUCAUUGGACGACAUAAUGUUCUUGUGAUAAGAUUUAAUUCAAGUGGCUCUGACCUGCCUGGUCUAAGUAUGAAAUUUACUUUAAACUAUAGAUUUAAAAAGGAUUUUGGUAUUCCCGGUACAAUGAUCAAUCCUGGUGGUUGUCAAUUUUUGUAUAUUAAUUCUUUCGACGCAACAGUAUCUACCACUGAAGCUUCUUCUUCCUCUUCUACUGCUUCAUCCAAAUUAUUUACCUCUCAAAUGAAUAAAAUACCUCCUAAAGGGUGGACUAAUUCACCGUUAUAUCCGAAUGAUUAUUCACCCAAUUCAGAUUGCCUGUACAUAUUUACACCACAGACUGAUUAUCUUGUUGAUCAGUCUAUCCGAUUAGUUUUUGAAACCUUUACAACUGCACAUAGACUACAGAUGAAAGAUGUUUUUGUAAACAUAACAGAAGUAGAGAGAUUUCAGAAUUGUCAUGAGGACUUUCUUGAAAUAAUACAACUAUACAUUCCAUUAAAAGAAGAAGUGAUGAGUGCACUAACUUCACGUGUAAAUUAUCCAUCUACGCUUGAAAGAUCAUAUGAGGCAUGGAUACAACGUUGGCAUAAUUUGGAAAAAGAACUGCAAAUCUACCUUGGAACAAAUCAGCAUAUAUUAGAGCCUACAAGUGUAUAUUGUGGAAGUUAUGUACCAGGUCCAGUCGUUUCAGAUAUGUCAGCUACCGCUAUUCUAAUGCGAUUUCAUAGCGGACAGAAUACUACCUCCAAAGGUUUCACACUGACCUACGAAUUUCUACCGAAAGCACUUCUCAAUCCAAUCAAAUCAAAUGUUGCGGAUAAACUCGCUAGCGAUAAUAAUAAUAAGGCUAAGCAAACGAAAAAAUAUGUGGCAGGUGGUUUAAUAACAUCACCAAACUACCCAAAUUCAUACACGAAUGGUUAUAAUCAUGAGUGGUAUAUUAAAGGAACCCUUGAUAACAGUCGCAUUCAACUUCAGUUUAACUUCUUAGAAUUGGAGGGUUCACUAAUGAAUUGUUCAAGAGCAGUCCUUCGGAUAUACGAGGGUCACAAUCCUAGAAGUCUUUAUGAGUUUUGCGGGAAUCCUAGCGAGCUUUCUUCAAUUAUUAUAUCUAAUCCUGUAGCAAGAGUGAAAAUGCACACAGCAACGGAUGCUUCGGGUUCUAAAGGUUUUGAGUUGGUUUGGACGGAUUUGCUUCCAAAUGAUCCUGAAAUUGGAUGUAAAGGAUUUCUGUGUGAACACACCAGUCAUUGUAUAUACAAUGAUCUAGAAUGUGACGAAAUUCCAAAUUGUGGGAUGUAUCAAAAGAACGGAAAAUGGGUAAAAGAUGAGUCAGAUGAAACGAUUAAUUGUUCAUUUGGAAACAGUUACAAUCUAGCUCAUAUUGGCACGGGCAUACUGUUGGCUUUGAUUUUUCUUCUUUCCAUAGCCUGUUAUGUUUAUUAUCAUGAAUACAAACGUAGGAAAAAUAUGCCAUUGGAUCCUUUAACAGAGUUAACUGGUUCAAAACACUCACUAGCAUUGAAUCAAUCUACUCAAAAACUGAAUGCACACUGUUCAAACAAGAAACAUCAACUGCAUAAGCAUCACAAUUGUCAAACGUCUGGAUUACUGUGCGAUUUGUUAACUGAGAAAGAAACUGAUGUCAGUUCAGUAAAAAAGCAUCAACAUCAUCGUCAUCAUUAUCUGCAUGCCCAACAUCUGUCACAUUCGCAUCAAGUCUCCUCGCAUACUCAUCCUCACCGUCAUCACCACCAUCAUAAUCAUAACAGAAAAGUGUUUGAACAGGGUGGACACUCACAUUUAGUCAAUGCACAACAUGAUUAUCAUGGAGCACAUUUUCCCUUGGAUAAUCAACAUGAUCAUUGUCGUACAAACAGAAUGAGUAAUAAAUUGCAACAAAGGACUCCAUCACAUUCAGGAUCACUAGUCAGAAAUGGUGGACGUACGGUGGUACCAGAUUCUUUACAUAGUAGUGCUGCUAACAAUCCAGGUGGAUUACUUGUUGCGGGAACUGGGACUAAUCUAUCAACCAGUAUGGAUGGAGGUUUACUUAUCAGAGAAAGAAUGCAAAAAAUAUCGAUAGUUUGAUUUCCGUAAAAGGUGGAAAUAAGCAGCUGUAAAUAGAUUUCCAAUGCGUCUUCGUUAUUAUUUUAAGUUUUUACCUAUUACAUACAAUUUUGAUGUAGUCAGAUAGUGAUAUUAUUUACUGUUACUAUUAGUUCUAGGUAUGAGAAGCAAAUGUCCUUACAAACACUAUACUAUACCGAUGCCUAAUCAUUCCAAUUUUUGUGCGUGCUGUACACUAUUCACUAAAAAAUGGAGCUAACGGAAAUUCAAGAUUAAAAAAUGUUUGAUAACCUCUGUCUUUAAUUUCUUUUUCACUUGUCCGUCGUCUUUGUAAGUGAUAUUCAGAUAAGUCUAUCUUUUCCAGCAGUUUGAAAUUACCUAUUCCAAUUUUAAAUGCAAAUUUUUAAUUCCUAGCGUUCUUUUUGUUGCAUUUUCAAUCAGUUCAAAUUGCAUUAUAUAUAUAUAUAUAUAUAUAUAUAUAUAUAUGUAACAUGUGAGCAACUUCCUGCUUAUAUUCAUUCUUUAACUGUCUGUAAAUAAUUCAGUGAACUGUAUUCACAAAAUAUUUGUAAACUAAAUAUUGCUUUGUAUAAAAGCGGGAAAUACACGUGAUGUUUUCUCUUCCCCUUUCCUAACACCGUCACUCUUACUUGUUGUUUUCUUACUUCCGAACUCAAACUACUAGAGAUUACGUUAUUCUGAGGAAUCCGGUGUUUGAGAAAUUUUUUAACGCAGAAAUCGCUUAUUUCUAAGCAUGGUGUGUUUUGUGUAAUCUGAUAAGUAAUUAAAUAAGUUUUUAAAGUUCUGUGUCAGUUGACAGCGGUCUCAUCCAACAGUAAACUAACAUAUCUAACAUAAUAUCAGCUAGGUAACUGUAUAAUCCGUGUAAACCAAAUAUGAUUGGAGAGCAAAUAUAUAAGAUAAACUGAAAAAAAUUCUGUGUUAUUGUAUUCUUUAAGUUGGAUGGUUUAUCUGCUAGGCUUUCAUAGUCUUUUAAGACAACACAUAACACAUCCGUCUCAUUUACACCUCCUCUCUGGAAGUUUAGACAGAAGAAAAAAAUAAUAGAAAG